AUGGCUCCAGAAUUCUUUAUUUAUCUAUUUCUCGGACUCAUCGAGCUCACUGUAUCCACUUUUUUGUUAGCAACAGUUGUGAACAAUACGAGAUUGCGGGACAAGUAUUCCAUAUUUUUAGUGAAAUUCAUAGUAGACAUAGUGGUUGCUUGUCUUCUUCUUCUCCUCGCUUAUCUCGAUCGACGUUCCGAUGAAAGGAUAUGUGGUGCCACUUUGGUUAUUUCUACUUCUAUUCCAUUGUUACAGGUUCUCCUACUACUCUGUGAAGUGAUCGACUGGUCGUUAGCUGCCUACUCACCUGUAUAUUUCCAUCAUUCAAGUCUAUUCUCUAGGAUAUUACCAUUCAUCGCCGGUGCCAUUUGUUAUCUGAUUAUUCUGACGGCUCUGCUGGUUAUUGACGCCACGAGCAUGACAGUAUCCUGCAUAACAUCUCCAGAAGCAUCUGCCGUCACGUCUGCAUACGAUUUCUCUCUUGCCAUCACAACUGUUUGUGUCGUUGGACUGGCUCUUCUACUCCGUCGGAACUUGAAUAGUGCAUACUUUCGACCAGUCAUGCUUCAUUUCAUUGCAACACUUUUUCUGGAAGAGAUUCCAUUGUUGACGUGUAUUCUACUGAAGUAUGCAAAUAGUAAAUCUGCAAUUCUUGCUGCAGAUAUGACCAACUGGCUUGUUUGCAUUCAUUCACUCCUUCACUCUUCAUACUUUGUCUAUAAUCAUCAGGACUACAGAGAAGUCGUCAAGACAAUGUUCAAGAAGUGGAACGUUGUGAGGAGUGGCUCUGGAUGA